UGCUGGAGGCGGAGCUUGCCCGGCUGCAGACGGAGAGGAAAACAAGCCGAGGAGCACCGGACACGGACGCGUCCCUUGCGAAGGUUUCCAAAUGGCAACGACAGCAGCGGACGAGCAGCGGGAACCGGAGGACGUGGCCGCGCUGUCGACCCACCACGGCUGCCACCUCAACAGCAACAACAACAAUAACAACAACAACAACAACAAAGACAGCGAGGCGGGAGAGAGCGCGACGGAGCCCGGCGGGACGGCGUCGCAGAGCAUCAGUAACGGCUCGGUCAUCAACCCCAGGGGGAGUAACGGGAAAUGGGUCCGGCUAAACGUCGGCGGCACCGUGUUCCUCACUACGAGGCAGACCCUCCUCAAAGAGCAGACCUCGUUCCUGUACCGGCUGUGCCAGCAGCAGGACCUGCACUCGGACACGGAUGAGUCUGGAGCCUAUGUGAUUGACAGAGACCCCACCUACUUCGGUCCCAUCCUCAACUACUUGCGGCAUGGCAAACUGGUCUACAACAAAGAGCUGGCUGAAGAAGGCGUCCUGGAGGAGGCGGAGUUUUACAACAUCACCCCACUGAUCAAACUGAUCAAGGACAGGAUCGUGGAGAGGGACUCCAAAGCCACACAGGUGCCCCCCAAGCAUGUCUACCGAGUGCUGCAGUGCCAGGAGGAGGAGCUCACCCAGAUGGUCUCCACCAUGUCGGACGGCUGGAAGUUUGAGCAGAUGGUGAACAUCGGCUCGUCGUACAGCUAUGGAACGGAGGACCAGGCUGAGUUCCUGUGCGUCGUGUCAAAGGAGCUCCACACUCCGGGAACUGGACUGGCUACGGAGCAGAGCCAUAAAACCAAGCCGGCGGAGAUGCAGGAGGAGGAGGAGGAAGCCCCUAAGGAGGAGGAGGAGGAGGAGGAGGGAGGGAGAGGUACCACGCCAAAUGAGUGGCUUAGAGAAUGAGGGAGUCAUGUUUCUUUGUUCCAAAGAGAGGCGGGAAUGGCUUUUCCAGAUCCAUGGGUCCCGGAUGUAGAAAUCCCAAGUUAUUUCUUUUCUCUGCGUAGUAGGACAUGGUAUAUAUGUGCGUCAAUGGACAGUCAUCAAAACAGAUUUGUAGCAUUAUCAGUUCAUUGACAAUAUGCCAGUUAGAAAGAUUACCAGAAAAAAAUAAUCCUAAUUCUCCCAGUCAGUCACAGCAAUAUCUUCAAAAAUAUUUUUCAGCAAAACUAAUUUUAUCAGUAGAAUUAAACCUGCUUUGGUGUGUGCUACCGCCAUAUAGUGGAGCUUAGUAAAAUAUAACCAAAGAUCCAGGUUGAAGCUGGCUGAACCAAACUAUGACGGAAAUUUUUUUACAUUGUCUUGUCUUCGUUACCCAGUGAGGAGCCGUUUCUGCGUCCCCGUGAUCUGAUAAACGACGCAAAAGAAUCAGAUCUCUGUGGUGCAUCUUUGGAUUAUUACAUUUCCUUUUGUUAACACCAUUGUUCCCACAGUCUGCUCGUUAUUUUGCACUUGAGGCAGAAGUUUCUAGAGAAUGAAAGCAGCCCUUCCGUGAUCCAACUAGCCGCUGACCGCUAACAUUUCAGCCAGCACCAACUUUACUUGGUCGUUAAGCUUAUGAGAAACAAUGACGGUCAUUUAAUUAUUUGUUGCUGUCAGUGUGAAAAUGGGGGAACACUGGUUUGAUAUUAUUGUGCACUGACUCAAGAGAAAGCAGAUCUUGGCAGCGUGCGCUGCAUACAAAGCAUACAAAAUCUUGUUUUUGUGUGUAUUUAGAGAUGGCUUUGAAUGCGAGUCACCGCACCUUCGGUUCUGAGUUGCAUCGAGUGCAUUGACCCGGGUCUGUCAGCUUGUUAUUUGCUCUCAGUGUGAACAUGGGUUAGCGCUGAUGGGUUGAUCUCAUGGUAUUAGAGGUCUGCUUAGCUAUUUCUUGUUUCAGUGAGCUCUGAAUUGACAGAGGAAAACGAUGUAGCUGUAGACAGACAAACCUCACGAAGGCUUCAUCUAGUUACAGACAGAAAACAGUCAAACCAUGUCCUGCGCUGAUGCACACCUGCAUCAACUCGUGCCGUUGCAUGCUCAGCAGAGUCGUCUUAGAAGAGUAGAGGGCAAGAUGGAGAGGGGGGGGAAAUGAGGACGAGAGGUUGAGACAGGAGAACGAGCUGUACCUCGGUUUUGUUAUAGUGAUGGUCACAUUAUGUUUUCUGUCAUUAUCUUUGCUUUUGAAAUAAGGAACAGCAGAUCUGCCGCAGUGCAGGUGUAUGAUUUGAAAAGGGUUUUGAGAAGCAGUCAUGACUUCUAACAGCCUCUAUUGGCCACUCGUAGGAACUGCACCACAGAUCAAAGUUUUAUCCCCCGCACAAGUCCGUCGCACACAACCCCUGUCAGUUUCUAUAACGCUGUGUCAUGAAAUGAAUUCAUUUCUAAGUGUCGUUGAGCAAAUUCACCUGCCAAAAGGUUUUGACAGCACAUUUAACGGGAACACUGUUGUUGAAUGCUUGAAAAAAACAGGGUGUUUUUAUCAGCAGGUAACAAUCUUGAAAUACUCUAAAUAGCCUAGAACACAUCUACGAUAGUCAUGUCUUAGCUUGUCAGAAAACAUUUAACAAGGCAAGAAUCAGGGUUUAUUUUGAAGCAUUUCUUGGAGGCAUAAAUAGCUAAAUAGUUCAUCUACAGCGAUGGGAGCCAAAAAAACAUUACAAUCCAAACAUUACAACAUAUCUAAGAUAUUUUACACUGUUGACAUUCCAAAUUGAAGUUGCUAUACAAUCCUAAUUAGCUAUACGAGAAAACAGCUGUCUAGAUAAGAUGAUUAACAGCAUUCCCACAUCCUGCAUAACAUGUUAUAAAAACAUUCCAUAUAACAACUGGGCACUGUAGUUUUUAGCUGACAUUACUCAAACUGGGGCAAAAUAUAGCAAUUUUCUGGGUUGUUUAUGGCCACAUAUAAAAACACAUAUGGUUGGAUAAUUUUAUAGUUGGUUUUGGUCUUUUUAUGGAAUUUGUUGACUUGAAGAAAAUAUGAAAUACCACGAGACUUGUCCUUUAAAGUUUGUCGAUAAAUCUGUCCUGGACUGACCCUAAAAACACUGCAGUUCUUUUGGCUUUGCGCGCUGAGGUUUUACCUCAAGCAGAGAGAUUAUUUCUGCCUCUGAAGAUUUCUGCAGCCAUAUUGAGCACUGGCUGUCAGCAGCUUAUGUCUGGACCCCCCACCCCACCUCCUGCUGUUUAGCUCCUGUGUAACACUGACUGACCAGCUUGGGCUGUUUUAUACAGUAGUACAAUAGGAAGUUAGAGUUUCAACUUUAGACAAUCAAGAAUUAAGGUCAUGGUUGGGGACUUUUUUUGAUAACAUUUUGAUAAUUACAUUGGAAGAAAAAAAACAGGCUGCAAAUACAACAUUGUGUGUUUGGGUGUGCAUUCAUAGGAUAAAAUGUCUCUUCCAUUUAACUUGUAAAAACAGAAACUGAUGUCCCGGACAUAUAAGGCUCCUCGCAAUAAAUAACUUAUUAGCUGGAUGAGCAGAGUACAGUACACGUUAGAAAAGUGUUGUUACACAUCAAGCUUAUGAUAAUCAUAACCGUGAUACAAACAGGAGGAAGAAGGCUGUUUAUUGUUUCGUCACUUCAGCUUUUCCUUGUGGCUCCUUGUGGCUCUCAUUAACACGGGUCAUUUGUGCCUUGAGUUUAAGCAAAAACUGACACGUCAAAAGAUCGACAUGUUAAUAUGAUCAUAGGUGUUUAUUACAUGCAUUUUUUUUAAAACAGCGGAUUUAAUAUGUUAGUAGUAGUUUACAGUCUCGCUGAGAGUCCUGGUUUGAUAUUUGUGUAACUUUAUUCCAGUGCACGUUUGUUUGUUCUGAGAUUUUUUUUUUUCUCCAGAAAGUGUUUCGAGUGGAGACAAAGAAAGUACAUGCUGCAGCGUGUUUGAGGUGUAAGCUGUAUUCAUGCAGCCCUUGCAGAAGGCUCAAGCUGUUUUCUAUAAAACGUCAUGCCUUCUUAUUUUAUUUUUUAAGUACGUUCAGUUGUCUAAUUUAUUCUCGCCGUUUCUUUUCGAAUGUUACACGGUAAAAAUAAUUUGGUCUUUGACAUUUUUUUAAGUGUGUGUGUGUGUGUGUGUGGGGGGGGUUUAUCUUGGGUAAUUUUUUUUUCUACUUGACUAGCUUUUAUUUUUGAUUUACUUCAUUUUCGACUGUAUAUAGAAUUAUAUUCAUCAGGUUUACUGAAUACGCUAGUUUUGAGUUGUAGUUCACAAAGCUGAAUUCCCCAAGAAAUGGAGUUUUCCUCUCAAAUGAAAAUGUGUUACCAUUAGGUCAGUUUUAUAAACAUCCAUUUGCAUGUCCAGUUACCUUGUUUGUUUAUCUGGAUCCACACUUCAUUUUCUUAUUUGCACACUACGUGUUGAAUUGUUUCUGCUGUAUAAUACUGUGUUUUUACUUUGUAUUUGAUGUGUAAAAGUCUACUUAGCAGUCUUCUUUAUUACUCUCUGCAAAAAAAUAUAACAACUGUCAGGCAGCUGUGGAUAGAAAACUAUUUUAAUCUGAUGCUGGAGUUUUUUUUUCUUCUGCUGUCCAUAGAGCCUCAGUGUCUGUAAACAUAAAACAAUGUGACAUAUGCAUUGUAACGCCUCAGAUGAACCUAAACAGGCUUCAAGAAAUGCUGUUUUGAUUUCAUUUAACAGUUUUUUACCUGAACAACACACAUUUUCAACAAUGUGACAGAAAGUGAUUUUUUUAUUUGUUUUAAUGUAAAUGAAUGUCACCAUUCUCAACAAAAUAAAUCUUUGUCCUUUGGUUUAAAAAACGGAUUUGAAAAUCUUGUUUUUUUGAGUCAGACAUAACCAUGACAUGUCAGUGUUUACUGUUUUUUAGUGAGACAUCUGAAAUAACAAAGCU